GUGAAAAGGCAGGCUUACACGAGAAGGAGUGGGCUUUGCCUUUACAUGACACCGGUCUGGGUUGUUACAUCCGAGGAGGAAACGGAUCUGAAAUCAUUGCUGUCUUGGUAGCGCAUAUCAUCCCCUUUUAUCCUAAGACAUCUUUGAUUCAGACCCUCUAGAAGUUCAUUUUUCUCUUGUCUUUACAUCACUCCACCAAAUCUAGUCAACUUAUUUGUUGUGCCAAAUUAAAGCGCGAAUCAUCUUGAUUUAAUAAAACCCUCUUUACCUUCAUCACUAAGCUACAAUGGAUUUUGGUGUGGAGAACUCACGGGAAACCUCUGAUAGCAGGGAAUCAGGUACUGCAGAUCUCAAAGGCAUCACCGAGAUAACCGCAGACGCAGAGGCUCAGAGACCCACAUGGAGCGGCCGGCUGGAGUUCAUCCUGUCCACGGUGGGUUACGCCGUGGGACUCGGUAAUGUCUGGAGAUUCCCGUACCUGUGCUACAACAGCGGUGGAGGUGCCUUCCUGAUUCCUUAUCUUACCAUGGUGUUCGUGUGUGGCAUUCCUCUGCUCUUCAUGGAGUUUACUGUUGGGCAGUAUACUCGUUUAGGGCCUGUGCAUGCUUUCGCCAAAAUCUGUCCCUUGUUGAAAGGUGUUGGUCUGGCCACAGUUGUUAUCUCCUUCGUUUUCUGCACGUAUUAUAAUGUGCUCAUGAGCUGGGCACUUUACUAUUUAUUCAACUCCUUCGGAAUGGAGACUCUGCCUUGGAAGUCCUGCAACAACACCUGGAAUGCUGUUGGAAACUGUUCGAGUGGCUUUCCUGGCAACGAUACCCACCUGCAGUCUGCUAGCCAACAGUUCUUUGAUAACAGACUUCUGGAAAAGACUCGCGGUAUUGAAGAAUUAGGUGGUCUUCGCUGGGAACUCUUUGGGUGUCUUGUCUUUGCUUGGGUUAUUGUGUACUUAUGUAUAUUUAAAGGAGUCAAAUCCACAGGAAAGGUAGUAUAUUUCACUGCUGUGUUUCCAUACUUCAUCCUGUUUGCCCUGCUCAUCAACAAUGUGCAGCUUCCUGGAGCCAAGAAUGGCAUCCUCUAUUUUGUGACACCGGUGUGGAGCAAACUGUUUGAAGUGAAGGUUUGGCUUAAUGCAGCUGCCCAGGUGUUUAACUCACUUGGAAUAGCAUUUGGCUCGAUGAUUUCAAUGGCAAGUUACAACAAGUUCAACAACAACAUUCUCAGGGAUGCAUUGAUUGUAUCAGUGGCCAACUCUUUCACUAGUAUCCUGGCUGGCUUCGUGAUCUUCUCAGCUGUCGGUUACAUGUCUCAUAUACAUAACCUCCCAGUGGACAACAUAGCUACAGAUGGUGCUGGUUUGGUGUUUGUUGUGUACCCUGAAGUUCUUUCAACCAUGCCAGUCUUUCAGCUAUGGGCCCCACUUUUCUUUAUCAUGCUGUUGUGUCUGGGCGUGGACAGUCAGUUUGGCACAGUUGAGGUAGCUGUGACAUACAUAAAGGAUGAAUUUGGAGUCAAAGUUCUGCCUUUCCUGAAGAGAGAAGAGCUGCUGGUCCUGGCUGUGUGCUUUGUUUGCUUUGCACUGGGGAUUCCUCACAUUACCAAGGGAGGUAUCUACGUGUUUCAGCUGAUGGACCACUACACUGCUGUGGUUUCUCUUGUGCUCCUGGCUUUCUUUGAGGUUGUUGCCAUCUGUUGGAUCUUUGGUAUCCCACGUAUCUCCUUAAUGAUCAGGAGGAUGCUAGGAAAAAGUCCAAAUAUCUACUUCCGAGUCUGCUGGCUGCUGCUCUGCCCCAUGUUGGUGCUGUGCAUACUGGUUUCCAGCAUUAUUCAGUACACUCCUCCUCACUAUGGGAAGUACGAGUACCCAGUGUGGGCUGAAUGGGUGGGCUGGGGCGUUUCUUUGGUCUCUAUAGUAUGGAUCCCAUUUGGUGCAAUACAAGAGAUCUAUAACAAUAAAGGAUCCCUUCUUCAGAGACUGAAAACAGCUAUGACUCCGACAAUAGACCUGAAUGUUAUGGCUCACCUGCCGGAAAAACAAAACCGUGACAACCUGGCGUCUGAAAAAUUACUCAGUUCGGUGCCACCUCUGACACAGUGACCACAUACAAGGCCUGGAGUAAGCAGACUUUGGGCCAUUUCUAUCAUAAUCCCAGUUACAUCCAAAGAGCUGUUGUUAUCUCAAACUCUGCAUUUAUACUUUAACAACUCGAGCCACUUAACCUGUAGGCGACUUCAAAACCAUACAGUAAGUCACCCAUUGUACCUUUUACAAAGAAUGCAACUAAAAUCUGUGCCUUUUGUUCACCAAAUGAAUUUUAAAAUUAUUUUAUUUUGGGUAGGAGUGGCUGAGGAGCGAGUAAUUGUUUAAAACGAUUGGUUCAUUAUGCUGUAAGGUUCAUUGUAUACAUCAGUGAGUCUGUGGGGUUAAAGAGUGUAUAAUGGAUCUAUCGUAGACGCAGUCACAAGCCUUUUAGGUCACUACAUUUAUGAGUUGAAUACGUAAUACUUAAUUUUAAAUCAACAAAAGAAAUGGGUUUGAAAAGGCUUGGUCCAAUGAGCAGGAAGCAGACAUUCCUUCUAUUGACAGAAGACAAAUAUGAAAGCAGAAAAAUACAGGUUCUAUAGAUGUGUGACAGAUGUGAUCUGGUCAGCGGGUUAGCAGGUUACACCUGAACAUCCUAUAGUCUGCAGGGCAAAUUUGACCCCUUGGUUCUCCCUGUCGAGCCUGUGAGAGUUUAAGGAGAAUUUAGGAUUCAAAGGUGAAAAAGUAUAAAUCAUGCAGUUUGUCCCAUUUCAUCCAACAAACAGAGAAUGGCUUACAGUUUUUUCUUUUACAAAAUUUGUUAAUUUUAUUUUGAAAGGAAUAUUCUUUAAAAAAUUCUAUUUGAUGCAAAAUAUAGUUGUUGUUUUUUUUUAACGAGACCUGGAUUUGUAAAUAUUUACUGAAGUCAGAGGUAAAGCUGCAUGCUUUGCUUGAUGAGAGCAUAUUGCUGUGUUUAAGGUUUACAAAGCAAUUGCAAAUACAAGCACAUGACUGAUGCAGAGCAGGAACGGGCAGAGAAAUAAGAUUAACUUGACACAAAAGACACUGAAGGACAAAAAAGGGUGCUAACAAAAUACCUGAAAGUCACAGUAACUAAAUUGAACUGGCAGCACUGCACUGAAUGAAAGGGACUAUGACAGUGGCACAUGGAGUAAUGGCGGUAACUCCAUGCUUGGAUAGGCUGGAGCUGAGGUGGUAUUUUGCACCAACAUAUUUUGGUGAGCACUGACUUACACAACACCAAGAGAUGUUAAAAAAUUAACCAUGUUAUUGAUAUUUUAACUCAAAUAGUUAACUUCAUCAAGGCAAGAGUACUGAAUCACUGACAGUUUGUUGCACUAUUGGAGGAAGGGUGACAUAGGCUACCACAGCUGUCAGUUUUAUGAAGAAAGGCGAGGGCGUUCCAGAGCUCUCAGAUGCAGGUCUUGCAUUUGGCAUUGAAGAGGCAGUCCUUCACAUUUAAAUUCAAACAAUUGCGGUGAAAAAGCAGCAGAAAAUGCACAUGCAGAGGAAUUCACAGCACUGAAGAGGCCAGUCACAACAGCUGUGCUGAUGUGAAGUCUAGUCACAUUUCCAGCGAGGCACACGUAAAGUUAUGGUCUUAGGGUUUCAGAGGGGUUUGUAGACAGAAGUCUAACUCAACUAUCAGCCACUGACCCUGACUUUAAUGCACUUGACAAGACCAAAACAGACUAGAUUAAUCUUACUGAUCAAGAAAAAAAGAAGAUGAAGUAAUUAAACUACAACCAAAGUAGAAAUAUCACUCUGAAGUGGACAUUUUGCAGAAACGUGCCAUUUUUUUGCAGUUAUUUUGUGUGGCCAUCCACAGUCCCACUCCUGUAGCCCCUUGAGAAAAUGUAUUGCCUAUCUCUGCUAUAAAGGAUAAGCUGGUCUAACCAUGAGAGGAAGGUUUGAUUAUAUUUUUAACCAAACUGAAGCUGGCAACCCACAAGAGUUUAGACGUUAUAAGUGGGGCCUUUGAGCUAGUGCUAUAACCAGAAUCUAGGUAACAAGUCUAUAUUAACUUUAGUGGGGAAGGACUUAUUUGGUAACUCAAGUUGGUUGUGUUUUGCCCCCAAAACCGCUGAUAAUUUAUGACUUUUAUUUCUAUUUUUUUCUUGAAGGAUAAGCCAGACAUUUCCGUUUACUAGAAAUGUAUCUUUAAGCUUUAUCUCUAAGAUUGCACUGUAGUGGAAAGUACAGUUUUUAAUGUUUGAUCCAGGGUCUCUAGAGCACAGUCUAAAUGUAACAGAUUAACAUGGUUCAGUGCUGGAACUUUAAGCCUUGAUUUAACUCUGUGAGGUCUCAGUCUUAUGUCCAGUCCUGUGUUCUGGAGACUUUCUGUGCUAAAAAUAUUUUGGUUUGUCAGUUAUAAUGUUCACUUUUUGGUCCCGAUUGACAGAACUUGGGAGGACAAUUUUAAAAAAUGAAAUAAAUAAAUAAAUAACAACAACACUGAUAAUGACUGUGACAUCACAGGGUUCAUUUUUUGUCUUGUUUUGUCAGUAGAAAAAAAUAAAUUACAUAUUUUUGGUAAGUAAAUCACACAUCAAUAUUGCACUGAUGCCAUCAUAUGAGAUUGGCUAAAAGCUUGUGCACUACAGUACAGGCCUGAAUGUCUGAUUUCUUGGUAGUUAUUCAAAGAGUGCCUUUUUAGACAAAAUCUAUAAUGAUGACAUGAUAAACUGAAAUUAAACGAAUACAAAGAAGGUGAUAAGACUUUUAUCAGUAGUUUUAUACAUUUUACACCCCGUCUUAAGUCAUUUUCUGUGCCUUCCAUGAUUUUUAUUUGAUUUGAUUUACAUGGAGUACAUAUUUAUUCUCAAACCAAAAUGUUUAACGAAAAAGUUUUUAUAAAGCAUUGCAUUGUUUCACUUUAAAUUCUGUCAGCUGUUAAUUGUGCAAGAAUAAUUUAGGACAUGAUUUACAACACAAGAGGUCAAUGUUUACAGUUUUUAUUAAUUGGAAUUUUAAUAUGACCUGUAUAAAAAAUUGCAAAUCUCUUUUAAUGUAAUAACUUAAAAAUAUCGAUAAUAAUUGAUAAUUUUGUUCAGAAAUGUUUUAAGUCUUGCUUAUAUUUGAUGGGCAGCCAUGUGCUGUGAUGUGCUGAAUAUAUCAGGUUUCAUUCUUAUUAAUUAAUUACUUUUUUUUUUUUUAUCCCUCUUUAAAAAAAUCAUAUGUACUAUGUUGUGAUUUUGGGGUGCUGUCUGUGUAAAAAGCUGAAGUGUGCAAACGUUUAUCUGAAUUACAGUUUUUCUCCAUUGGUUUGGCUCAUUUCUUGAAACAGAAAUUACAUUCUCAAAAUAACAUGGACAAACCUCCAAACCUCUUGGCAAAUGUUCACAACAAAAUGGCAUUUCUCAUUCAUUUUA